AUGGGCCAGCUCUUCGGCGGAUAGCGACAAUAUCACUUUCCAUCGUCCAUCACGACAGCCAGCACCUUACCACACAUCCAAAACAUCAACCUCAGAAAUGCGUUUCACAUCCUCUUUGAUCACCCUGGCCGCGGCCUUCGGUGUCGUCCACGCUGAUAGCGGCUGCCGAGUCAACAUGACAUCUACUCUCGCCGCGCCCGCCAACCCAGGCGAGAACAUCCUCAUGAGUAAGAUCAGAACCAGCCACAAUCGAGCUCCUUGUAGCCCGGUAGCUAACUUUGGCCCAGAAACGAUGAUGAAAUGGCGCAACAGCACGGAGUCACAGAUGUUCUCAUCAGUCAGUAUCCCAUUCGCCCUCUCUUUUACAUACUUCUUGCUUUAAAGACUACUAACAUUUCCUCGCAGGACUACUGCGACUGGGACAACACCAUGGCAGCCCCCUUCUCAGUCCUGUUCCUUGAAGACACCAUCCCAAAUUUCCUGACGCAAGAAGCACUGGAGGGUGUCUUGGAUCCCUGGAUCGGCACAUGGCUCAUCUCGGACUCGACGACGGCGUCGGCAGGUGUGGUGGGGGAUUACCAGAUCACGGCCGUUACGUGCUCUUA